CAUCAUUGACCCCCGUCGGCACUUAGAUCAAUCACCGUCUCUACUAUCCAAUGUGGCACGGGGCCUCGGACUCGAGUCCGUCAGACCGUUCGCUGCGGGGUGAUUUUCAGUCCCUUCACAAUUACCCCGAACCAGAUGGUGACAAACAUGGCGACGUUUGCCCGGAAUCAUGCCUUGCCCUGCUUCUCGACACAACCCACGGAAGUGCCCCACGUAUACCUAGCUUCCGUGGGUUGUGUCGCUGCAGGUUUGUUUCUCAAGCACGGUAAUCUUGAGACUUUCCCGAAGCACGUCUUUGCUAAACUGUUCUUCUCGUGACAUUGUUGCGAUAGUUAUCAUUGUUUACCUCCUUUACCUAGAAUCUUCAAGCCAAUUGACGUACCUCCUCCGCCAAAAUGACCAAAGCAACACACAUCAUUCGCUUCGUCGCAAACGAAGACUCCAGAAUCCAUCUGGGUCAACUCGUGGACACCAGUAGCGAUGUUGGACUGGCUACCUUCGAGGGCAAGAAGGUCGAAGCAUACCUGAUCAAUGGCACCAUCUUUGCACCAGAAGUGACCGACGUUGUCUACACUGUCAAGCAACUAUUGUCUCCCGUCUCGACCGAAGACUGCAACUACAUCCGUUGCUUGGGCUUGAACUACAAGGAUCAUGCAAAUGAAGCAAACAUGGCUCUGCCCAAAGCUCCCAUCUUAUUCACCAAACCCCGUACCGCUCUCGCCGACCCUUACCCAGCCGUGAUCCCUGUUCCCAAGGCCGCGCAAGACGGAAGCUCAGACUACGAGGCCGAACUUUGCUUGGUGAUUGGCAAGACUGGUCGUGACAUCCCAGAAGAGAAGGCUCUGGACUAUGUCCUCGGAUAUACUUGCAGCAACGACGUUUCUGCGCGAACGAUGCAGAUGUUGACAACCCAGUGGUCCUUCUCCAAGGGUCUGGAUGGAAGUUGCCCUCUUGGUCCUGUCCUCGUCACAACGGAUGUGAUUUCUGAUCCUCAGACGCUGGGCAUCAAGGCUAUCUACAACGGUAACACCGUCCAGGACGGCCACACCAAGGACAUGAUCUUCGACAUUAAAAAGCAAAUCAGCUACCUUUCCCAGGGCACCACCUUGGAAGCCGGCACGAUUUUCCUGACCGGAACUCCCGCCGGUAUCGGAUUCUUCCGAAAACCACAAGUCGUCCUCGAGGAUGGUGGGGAUAUCAGAGUCGAGAUUGAGAAGAUUGGUACUUUGAUCAACAAGGUCCAUUAUGAGAAGUGGUGAGCCUAGACCGUGCGGGGUGAAAGAUGCUGGAGUUGGGCUCGCGACAGGCCAGCACCGGUACAAGAUUGGAUGGGGAACAGCUUGUACGCAGAAAGCACCAGAAGGCAUCUGAACAACAAGAUGUAGGCAGACAGUGGAGAAGGUAUUUUAAAAUUGUAUAGAGCAAGGAUACAAAUUCCCAAGCCCGAACCAUGGAGCAUUCUACAGCCCCCUUUCUUACGUAGCCUUGCUCAUCACGAGCAAAAGCCGACUUUCAUGGGAUCCGGAACUCCCCUUUGCAACGCCAAAGAUUAA